GUUUCAAUCUUAUCUACACAAACGGCUGUGUCGGAAGUUUUCGAGAGUUUUCCAAGGCACAAUUUGGCGCUUUAUUUAGGCGGGUAAAUUGAAGAAGACAAUUAUGGAAGCAGAACAGAAACAGAUGAAUGGACAUGGCGACAAUUUAUUCAAAACAGGAGAAAUAAAACAAAAUGGGUGUAAUGGACAUACAAAUGGUACAACUAGAAGACACGAUGAAUACCACUACUUGGAUGCCAUACAAGAAGUUAUUGACCAUGGUGUAAGGAAGAGUAACAGAACUGGUAUUGACACGUUAUCUAUAUUUGGAAUGCAGAUGAGAUACAGUUUAAGAGAUCAAUUUCCCCUCCUGACAACUAAACGAGUGUUUUGGAGAGGAGUAGCUGAAGAGUUACUAUGGUUUGUGGCAGGUUGUACUAGCGGGAAGAAACUGAGUGAUAAAAAUGUAAAAAUAUGGGAUGCUAAUGGUUCCAGAGAUUUCCUUGAUGGGUUAGGUCUUACACACCGAGAAGAAGGUGAUUUGGGGCCAGUAUAUGGAUUUCAGUGGAGACAUUUUGGUGCAGAGUACAAAGAUAUGCAUGCAGACUAUAGUGGACAGGGCGUCGACCAAUUAGCAGACGUCAUCAACAAGAUCAAAACAAACCCUGAUGACCGACGAAUUAUUAUGUCCGCAUGGAACCCUGUUGAUCUAAAGAAGAUGGCAUUGCCACCUUGCCAUGCCUUUGUACAAUUCUAUGUAGCUAAUGGGGAAUUAUCUUGUCAGUUAUACCAAAGAUCUGGUGACAUGGGUUUAGGGGUGCCGUUCAACAUUGCCAGUUACUCGCUACUUGUAUACAUGAUCGCUAUGGUAACAAAUCUGAAGCCAGGAGAUUUUGUACAUACCAUUGGAGAUGCCCACGUUUACGUUAAUCAUUUAGAUCCUUUAAAGGAACAGCUGAAAAGAGUGCCGAGAGAGUUUCCAAAACUUGUCAUCAAAAGGGAAGUUACAGACAUUGACGAUUUUAAAUAUGAAGAUUUUGAAAUUGUUGGUUAUAAUCCUCAUCCAAAGAUUGCUAUGGAGAUGGCUGUGUGAUGUCGGGUUGUCAUGGAGAUGGAGUUGUUAUUGUUUAUUAGUUGCCAUGGGAAUGCCAAUGCUUUCAAUUGAUCAAUUGAUCAGUGUAGAAUCUAAAAUAAUUCAGAAGGUCCUUUAUUUAAUAACAUUGAAAAGUGCUUAAAUCUUUUAUUGAUUAAAACAUCAAAGUAGGCAUGAUAUUGUAAUGUUUUGAAGGGCCAUCUUGAAACGUUCUUCACCAUAUAUGAUGGUUUAUAUGUCAGAAGCACUUCUUUAUAAAAAAAAUUAUACUAGAAAACCAAAUAAUGUGCUCUCUCAAGUUUAUGCAUAGUUUUGUGUUCUCUCAAGAUUAUGCAUAGUUUUGUGUUAUCUCAAGAUUAUGCAUAGUUUUGUGUUAUCUCAAGAUUGAUUAGUUUUGUGUUCUCUCAAGAUUAUGCAUAGUUUUGUGUUCUCUCACGGUUAUGCAGUUUUGUGUUCUCUCAAGAUUAUGCAGUUUUGUGUUCUCUCAAGAUUAUGCAGUUUUGUGUUCUCUCAAGAUUAUGCAUAGUUUUGUGUUCUCUCAAGAUUAUGCAUAGUUUUGUGUUCUCUCAAGAUUAUGCAGUUUUGUGUUCUCUCAAGAUUAUGCAUAGUUUUGUGUUCUCUCAAGAUUAUGCAUAGUUUUGUGUUCUCUCAAGAUUGAUUAGUUUUGUGUUCUCUAAAGAUUAUGCAUAGUUUUGUGUUCUCUCAAGAAGAGAUCCAAUUAAUUUGUCAAUCUCAUUCAUUAUGUAUGUACAUUGAAAGAAAAGAUGAUUUGAAUACUAUGAUAGAUAUUAUACUCGCAUUUUUGUGUGAAUUAUUUGAAGCUCUCUUAUGCUCAAUUAUACUGUUGCCCAGUAUGUAUACACUUUUUGACUUCAAUAUAAUUUUUUUUUUAAGAAUCUUAUAAUUUCAAUAAUACUAGACCACUUUAUAAAACAUUUUGAAUUAAUCAGAAAUAUUUUUUUUUUAUCUAUGUAAUUAUUUAAGCCCAGUUGUGUUCAAUUAUAUUGAUGUUCAUGCCAACAUGUGUUCAAAAAUACUUAACUUAUGCAAUAUAACUUAAUCCAACAUGUGUUCCAAUAUUAUGAUAUUAUUUUUCUAUGUAUAUAUUCAAGUAAAUAUGUUUUCAAAUAUACUCUACUUGCACAAAUUUCUUAACCCCAUAUGUGUUCAAAUAUACUGAAAAAAUUGAUCUUUGCAAUUUCUUUAUAAACCCACAUGUUUUAAAAUGUAACUAUCCUGCUCUGAUGGAGGCUACACUACUCUUUCUCUAACUGUUCAUAUAUCUGUCCCAUGAAAUAUUUAUCACAUUUUUCUCAAAAACUACAAAUUGGAGCUUCAUGUGAACAUUCGGGCCUUGGUGGGUGAGUGGUCUAAGUAGUUCAACUACGGUACUGUAUCACUAGCCUCUCAACACCAACACUGAGGUUGUGAGUUGAAUCCCACACAUGGCAGGUGCACUUGACUCCAAUCUUAAUUGAGAAGUAUUGCCAGAUUUCCUACUGAAGGUCAUAGUUCUCUCUGGGCACUCAGGCUUCGUCCACCAAACAGCUGCCAGGAAAUAGCCAGUAGUAAUGAAAGUGACAUUAAAAACCAACAAUCAACCAAUCAUGUGAACAUGCCAUACUGUGUGAUAUUUUUUCACAUCAAUCUCUCAUCAACUUCCUGUUUUCAGAAAACUUUAAAGUAACAUUAAUAAUCACUAGCUCUCAGUACAUCUUGGUAUCAUAUUCUAUGCAAUUACUGAUUCAAAAUUGUUCUGAUUUAUUGUCCCCUGCGAACACGUUGCGGGGGACAUAGAAAUUCCAGGCUUCUGUCCGUCCGGUCUUGUUAGCGCUCUGACAUGUACAGUUCUUGCCAGAUUUUUAGGUUUAAAUCAUCAAUGUCUCAGACAAAUUUGAAAAUCAGUGCCGAUAAAUUAUUUUUGAAAGAGUUAUGUCCCUUGGAAAUAUUGAUUAUAUGGAAAAUUGCAUUGUUAGUGCUCUCAUGUGUAAAAUUCUUGCCAGAAUUUUAUGAAACUUAUAUCAUAGGUUUAUAUCAGCAAUGUCUUUAACACUUUCGAAAAUAAGUGCUGAUCAAAUAUUUUUAACUAGUUAUGCUCUUUGGAAAAAUUAAUUAUAAUGGAAAUUGCAUUGCAUUUGCACUGAAGCCUUCAUUUCUCUAAGAUAUUUAUAAAUUGUUUAAAAAAAAAAAAAGUGUUUUUUUUUUUUAGUUAUUUCCCUUGGAUUGAUUAAAUAUGGUUUAACGCGGUGGACAUGGGCACUCUUUUCUUUUAUUUAUCCUUAUUUAACCAUCCAUACAUAUAAUUUUGGAAUAGACAUUAGACUAAUGCAUGUUCUGAUUUAUUUAUACAUUUCUUCCAUUGUCUAACAAAUGUGUUCCAAUAUACUGAAAUUCUUGUAUUCAAAUAUAUGACGAUGAUGGGUGUGUUUAACCACCUUGACAGGCUAUAUUAGCCUUCGCACAGUCAGUGAUCAAAUAUACUGCUACAUUAUAAAGUUAUUUAUAAUGAUAUCAAAGCUUGUAUGUGGAAAAAAUGUGGAUUUAAGGACAUUCUUAUAAACUAUACCACUUGUGUUCAGCUAUUAUGAUAUAAAUAUAUUAAAUUUAUGCAAAUACUAAACUUGUGUGUUAUAAAUUUUAGAUAACUUUCACUUAUGCAGUUAUUUAAGCCAGCAUCUGUUCAAAUAUUUCAUCUUUGCAUCAACUUAGUAAUACUUCUGUUCAAAUACAUGUAAACAGGAAAUCAUUAUGUUUACAAUUACUUAAGCCAACAUGAUAUGAAAUAUACCUAUAACUUUGCUAUGCAAUUGUUCAGUCUAUUAUUUGUAUAUUGAUAAAAUUAUGUAUGUAUUUUUUUAUACCAACUUGUGUUCAGCCUGAAUGGCAGCUAUUAUUUUCAUUGUAUUAUCCUUGUGCCAUAAUUAUGUACAGAACUUAAUUAUGUAGAUCUGAAGUUAUAAAUUCAUUUCAUAUUAAGUAAAAAAUUAUGUUAA